AUGAUGCUGGCGGUCGGCGUGCGCUCCAUCGGCGCCUCCUACUCCGACACGGAUGAUCUAAUCAACGAGCUCGAUCGACCGAUUCCCAUCAACACGGUCAACGGAGUGCUAGGGAAGCAGGCCAGCCUACCCUGCGACAUUGCGCCACUGGAGCGGGACGAUGCCGUGUACAUGGUGCUCUGGUUCAAGGAGGACGACAACGAGCCGCUCUACAACUUCGACGUGCGCGGCCGGCAGGUGGCGCAGGCGCGCCUCUCCUCGUCGGAAAAGUACUUCGGCAAGCGGGCGUUCUUUCGGGCCACAUCGCAUCCGGCCCAGCUGCUUGUCGACGAGAUCAAGCUGUCGGACGAGGGCAUGUACCGGUGUCGGGUUGACUUUCGCAACUCGCCGACCAGGAACCUCAAGAUUAACUUCACUGUGAUAGUCCCUCCGGAUCGGCCCAUCAUCUACGAUUCGCGGCGCCGAGAAAAGGCCAACACGGUCGAGCCGUACAACGAGGGCAGCGACAUUGCGCUAAUAUGCGAGGUCAAAGGAGGACGCCCCCGGCCGAACGUCACCUGGUACCUGGACAACAGCGUCAUCGACGAGUCGUUCGAGACGCGAGCGGACGGGACGACGGUCAACCAUCUGUCCUAUCCGAACAUUGGCCGGCAGCACCUGGACGCCCGACUGAUGUGCGUCGCGAGCAACACGAACCUGACGCCGCCCAACAACAAGGUGGUCGUACUCGACGUCAACCUCAAACCGGUCGCCGUGACUAUCAUGUCGAGGGAGAAGUUCGUCUCGGCCGACAAGCGCUACGAGAUCGAGUGCAAGAGUUCCGGUUCGCGCCCGGAAGCGGCCAUCUCCUGGUGGAAGGGUACGCGGAUGCUCAAACGUAUCACGAAGAGUUUUUCCGAAAGCAGCAACCAAUCACUCAGCGUCAUCUCGUACACGCCGACGGUGGACGACGAUGGGAAGUACUUGACGUGCCGGGCCGAGAAUCCGCUCAUUCCGGACAGCGCAAUCGAGGACAAGUGGCGACUGGUGGUGCAUUAUAUGCCGAUCGUGACACUAAAAAUGGGAUCCUCGCUGAAUCCGGACGACAUUAAGGAGGGCGACGACAUUUACUUCGACUGCCACAUCCAAUCCAACCCGAAGCCCUACAAACUGGCCUGGUAUCACAAUGGAAACGAACUCCAUCAUAAUGUCACAGCUGGCAUCAUCCUGUCGGACCACUCGCUGGCCCUGCAGGGCGUGUCGCGCAGUCUGGCCGGAGAUUACACCUGCAUGGCGGCGAACACCGAGGGCCGCGGAACGAGCAAUCACGUCACACUUCGCGUGCGCUAUGCACCGGUUUGUGCAACGGACCGCGAAGAGCUGCUGGGCGCACUGAAGCACGAAACGCUGCAGCUGAAGUGCGAAGUGGACGCGUCUCCACCGGCCGAGUCCUUCCACUGGACGUUCAACUCGUCGGGCGAGCAGACGGAGCUGCCAUCCCGGUUGCACUCGAGCGAGACCGGUCUGUCGAGACUUAAUUACACGCCAACAUCGGAUCUGGACUAUGGCACGAUUUCCUGCUGGGGCCGGAACGCGAUCGGUGUGCAGAAGUCUCCCUGCGUUUUCCAGGUGGUGGCCGCAGGACGCCCGUUCGCGCUGCAAAACUGCUCCGUGUCGAACCAGUCUGCCGACUCGCUGCACAUCGAGUGCAUCGAGGGCUUCGACGGCGGGCUGCCGCAGAUGUUCCUGCUCGAGCUGGUCGAGGUGCCCGUCCUACGAUUAGUUAGGAAUUUAAGCCUGCAGCAUCCACCGGUGCAGUUCUUUAUCGAUAAUCUCGAACCGGGAAGCUCGUACCGGAUCAUCCUGUUCGCCGCCAACGCCAAGGGUCGCUCGGAGCCGGUCAUCAUCGAUGAUAUCACCUUCAAGGGUGUGGCCAGGCAGCUCACCGGCGUGUCCAACGUUAUGAAUGUUCCGUUAUCACCGGUAUUAGCCGCAUUAACACUCACGGUGGCGAUCCUGUUCGCCGUGGUGUGCAUCGUCCUGGCCACCAUGUACCGGCGGCAUGCGAGCAAAAAUACGACCAAAAAACUGAAACCCACCAAAAGCGCACAGUUGACCUCGACGCCGGACUGCCAGCUCGAUGCGACCGUACACCACCAGACGCACGAUCCGAACGGCAUCCAGACGCCGCUGGUGGACAGCGGUGGUGGAGGGGGAGGCGGAGGGCGCCGUGGCAGUCCCACCAUGAUCGGCGAACCACCGGAUGGGGAUGAAACGGAUCCGGAUGUGAUACCGAACCAGUACGAACGGAGGCCGCCAAAGACGACCCUACCGACACCGCUGUUCCGGAGCCCCUCGGCCCGGCUCAUACAGCGGAACGGGGGCGAGCAUCUGCUCCACGAGGAUGAGCGUCACUGUGAUGGGUCCAGCCUGGCGUCGCUGACGGGAUCGCACACGGAAGUGCACCAUUACUCCUUUAAGCCUAGUAAACAAAUCAGUUACGCCACCCUUGGCCGGGCGAACAACAGUAGCGUCACGUCGACGCUCAGCCCGCUUAGUCAGCAGCCAUCGACGGCGACUUUGCCGCUACCCUCGCUGCCCUCAAUGUCCGUCGCCAGCGUGGGAGCCGUCGGGAGCCUGCUCAGCAGUCCGGCCUCGCAGUCGUCCGGUCUGGUCACCUCGACGCUGAACGAGUACCGGUUUCGGCCCGAGGUGGUCACCACCUCCAAUCGAAUACAGGAAAGUUGUAUAUAAUGUGUUUCUAUGCGUGUAAGUGUGUGUGUGUGUGUGUGUGAGGAUGUAUGAAAGGACAUGUAAAGAAAGUAACCAGCGUGUUUGAUGUAAGUGUUCAACCGGUGAUCCGAUCAUCCCCCGUUGUUGACCGUGUCAUAGUUUGCUGCGCCUGGAAAAGUGUCCCCUUUUCCUCGAGCUCGAACCGCCCGAAGCCAUAUCCCGAUCGCAUCAACCAUAUCCCACAAAACCCAUCGUCCACCCUCUCCCAGGGUGUAGCCUCGAGAGUAUUUGAUUUUAGAGCGAUGUAAUCCGAAACGAAACUCGCCCAGCUUAAAAGUGGGAACGAAGAUUUCAUCAACCGUGUACAGUGUGUAGGUGUGGAUCCCAAGUGGACACAAGUGGACACAAGUGGACAUCCGUUAGCAUAAUGUUUCAUCCCCCGCAAAACCCGCCAGUAUUGCCAUCGUUCGGCCCCACCCCCCCAGGUUCAUCCCCAUUCGUAAGAGACGUCAUCGAUGUAUAUAGGUAGUAUAGGCAUAGUCCGCUAGAGUGACCCUUCGUUCCCCGUGUCCUGGUAGGGUAGUUGCUAGAGCAACCGGUGUAUGCAGACGGCAGACAGCUGCCAUUCGGUGUCACAUAUCUAAAACAAAACAAACAGAAAACAGAAAGAGAAGCUGAAAUUAUUAAAACAAAACACUUGCUGGAGGUGGAGUUUACAAGACAUUGCGUUUAUGACUGGACAAUAAACCCCGAUGAAACUUAUAGCUACAGCAGCAGCAGCAACGAAAUGUGUCCGUGGCAGAGUUUUGAUCCGAGGCAGGCAGCUAAACGAUGCACCUUGCUCUGGUUAGCGAACGAAUCAAGCGAACAGCGGAAGGUUGGACUGACUGAUUCCAUAUCAUAACGAACGAGGAAAAAAACUGAUUGACGAAAUUCCAAAGUAAGUCAAGAGCAAGCGGGCUAGGAUCUCGACUGGUUUUAAAAAAGGCGCCGCCCCGGGGAGUUCCGGGGAAGCGUAGUUUUCCUUCGCCACAACCAAGGCCCGAUGUCCGAAUGGGUGGUUUGAGAGAAUAGUACGUUGUUUCUGUCACUGUACAAAGUAUAAGAAAACAUGUAGUAGGAAAUACCAAAUAGUACUUACAGAAGGGAGAGAAGAAGCAACGGAAUGUGAGGAAAGUCUAGUUAAUUGUUUGGUUUUACCCCUAGGUUCGUGAAAGCUGUUUUAAUUUCAAACUAGAUAAAAAAAGGCGCGCCGUGGAACGAGCGAAAAACGAAUUAGAGAUAUAAAAAAAGAACAGCAAAAAAAGUGUUUAUCAUGUAACGCGCGAAGAAUAGCAAACAAAACAACAAAAUCUCAUGUAAUCGAGAGGAGGGUAGUAAAAAAUCGAGAAUGGAACGAAAGCAAAGAUAAUGAUGGUAAAAAUAAAAAAAAACCUAUGAUU